AUGCAGCGUCGCUGGCUUCGGAAGACGGGGGUGGGGAGGGCCGCCCGCCAGGACGCAGGGGCCUCUGAAGUGAAGGGCGAGGAGCCAGCCUCUGCCAGGCCGCCAGGAGGGAAGCCUGCCAGCACCGUGACUGAAGCCCAGGGCACCGAGCUCAGACUGCUGGCCUCAAACAGCACGUGCUCUGCAAGAGAAGCCUGCGUGUCAGAACGAGAGCAGCGCCUGCUCAGAGCGACUGGAGCAACAAGGCCGGUGCAGCAGCAGAGACCCGCACAGCCAGGAGUGGCAUUCAGCAUGCAAACACAGUCACCGAAACACAGGAAGGGCGCCGCGCAGAGCGGAGACAACGCACCUGUAACAGUGAGCGUGCAGGUACAGCCUAGGAAAACCACCAGACUUGAGAAGGCCGAUCAGGCAAAAACCACGGUCGCUCGGGAGGGAAAGGAAACCGUCACGAGUCUGACAGCAAGGCUUUAUGCUGUAAGACAACAGAAUAACGUGUUUAAGCGCUCGGGGCGGGGGGGGGGCCCCCGCACACGAGGCGCCUCCCGAGGGGGCCACACAACUGCGGAAGCAGUCUCCCCAGAGAGCAAACCCGAGCCCACCGCCCACCCCGAGGAAACCAAGGGCAGGGAAGACUCACAGGACCACGGUGCUGCCAGCGGGGACCGCCCCGGCCAGACCCAGGGCCUGAGUCCAAAGGCACAGGUGGGGGACCCGCGCCAGCACUCCAGCUCAGGGCCGGAGCAGCGGCGCCUGGACCUGCUCCCAACCCACCACCCAGCCUUCAGGACACACGCACGCCGGCCUGCAGCCCAAGCCCCGGGCACCUGGGGGCUGCCAGGCACCGCUCGGGCACCAGCGCCAGGCCGCACCCGGGCAGCCUCAUCCUCGGACGUGGCAGCCUUCCCACCAAGGCUACCGGUGCAGAGCUGGUCCACACUGAGAGCGAGCCGCACCUGCGGAGGGUGCAGAGCCACGGCGAACAUCUUCCCGGGGAGGAGCCGCCUCAAGUGUAGAGAAGCCACCACCCAGGACUGGCCGGGCGGAGCCCAAGAGCCAGACGGAGGCCAGAGCACACUGCGGGGGCCAAACUCAGAGACCCAGGCCCGCAGCUACCUCCUGGAGACGCGGCAGGGCACCCUGAUGCGGCCCGAGCAGCACACGGGCUCCGUGCAGGGCCGCGGAACCUGUCCACCCAGAGGCGCUCCAGGUCACAGGCCAGGGCUGCCGGGCUGGCUCCACUUUGGCUUCGAGGGCCUCCACGCAGUGCCAGUGCCUACUCUGGGUGGUCCCACCAGCCACAGGUCUGACGGGCCGCCACUGGACGUGGUUCAAGUGUCCACGUGCGCCCACGUGGCACCCGAACUCCCACUCCAAACAGCACACGCCCCGGGCUGCUCCCUCCCGGCAGGCCGACUGGGCAGGCUCAGUCACCGGGCCCUGGUUGAGGAUGGGCCCUCCGUUCAGGCCUGCGGGCUUGGGGCGGGCAGGGCAGGGCCGCUUGGAUGGAGGAGCCAUGGCGGGCAGUGCCCGAGAAACACGCACGGUAACCGAGAAGCAUCAGAACAGUGCAGAGAUGAGAAGCGUCUCGUGUGCUCCCUGAGACGUGUAAACGAGGCCCCGGCUGCUCCUUCCUGGAAGCGCACAGAAAAUGAAAUACUGUACCUGGGUGGGGGGCACCCGAAAAGCACAGCGUGUAAGGCGAUCUGUGGCGGUGGCGGAGGGCAGAGGCCCUCAGGACAGACACUCACCAAGCACCUGUCUGCCGGCCGGCGACCCCCGCCCCAGGGCGACUGCGGCCCGGGGUCCGCCGCGUGGUCAGCCGGAGAGCCCACGCCGGCCGGCACGCCUGUCCCCGUGCUCGCCCGCGGCCGGCCCGGGGUCCGCGCCCGCUUCCACCUCCUCGCGCUUGCUCUGCCGGCCGCGCGGCCGGAAGAGGCGCCCCGGGUGCCCCGCUGUCAGCCGGGCCGGCGGCCGCGGGGCGCGCAGCUGGAGUGGCGUCCGGGCGCCGAGACCGAGUCCGCCGCCCGGGCGGGGUCCCCGCGACUGCAGGACGCCCCCGCCCCGCCUCGCGCAGGCGACCCCGCGCCCGCCCGGCCCGACCCCGGCCUCGCCCUCCGGCCCCGGCCCCCGGCCCCUGGGUCUGGCCCCGGCGCCCCGGCCCCCCGGCCCCGACCCCGACGGCUUGCCUGGACGGCCGGCCCCGGAAGCGAGCCGCGCACUCACCGCGGGGACCCCACGGCCGCGCAGGCAGACGCGCCCCAUUCAUCGGCCUCGGCUUUGUCCGCCCCCGGCCCCUCCCGCGCCGCCGCCGCCGCCGCCGGACGCUGCACCCCUCCCAGGGCCCCGCGCGGCCGGGGCGGGGCCGGGGGCGGGGCCGGCGCGCGCAGGCGCAGUGCCCGCACGCCCUCCACUCCCCGGGGCCCGGCCGGACGGGCGGCUCUAGGUGCCGAGGCGCCGCUGAUGGGGAGGGUCUGGGCAGAUUGCACAGGCGUAGCCCCGCCCCCCAGGGCCAGCUUGAGGGACCGCGCAGGCGCACUCCGACCCCGGGCCGGCAGGGCCGAUUGCGCAAGCGUAGCCAUCACCUGGGCGAGGGCCGGCCGCGCAGGCGCAGUCCCCGCGCGCCGGCCCCGCCCCCGGGCGGCCAGUUGGGAGGCCGUGAGGUACUCAGCGCUGGCUGGACGGGGGGGCGUUGGCGGGGCGGGGGGCGCUGGCGGGGCGGGCCGCCGGGGCCUUCCUGGUGACUCGGCGGCAGGGCGGGCGCACGCGAGCCGCGGCAUCGGGAGCUGCGGCGCGACGGGCGCCCUGUUCCGCCUGCAGGUGCGCGCAGGUGCGCGGCGCCCCCCGGCCGCGGAGCCUGGGAAGGCGUCCGUCCUGCCGAGGGGCUCCGUCCUGCCGAGAGGCUCCGGGGGGCUCUGCGUGCGCGCCGGGCGCGUUUAG